GUCGGGCUGCGGGCGGCCGGGCGCCGACGGCCGGACAGACGGACGCACGCGAGGACGGACUGACGGACACACGGAGGGCGGCGGGCGCGCACGGCCCGGGCCGGUGCUCCGAGGCCCGCCCGGGAGGGCUGGGGCCGCGCUCAGGUCCUGGAUGGAAUGGAGAGGGGUCCUACUGAACGUCUAUUAUCUUUUCUGAGAGUGGUCAGAGUUCUUAAACAGAAUUUUUAUUUGGCUGCUGCCUUGAAAUACUGGCCCUAAAAAUGCCAGCUUGUUUGGACUUAGAAGAUGACCUGGAUAAAUGAUAAAAAUUAAAGACAUUUUGGUGUUCAUAAGUAAGCUUCUAAGCCAUCCUGAUGUCUGGUGGAGUUUUACCUCGGAGCAGUAGUUUGUUGCUGGUUUUCUUAUUCUCCAUUUGGCAUAUGCUACUGGAAUAAUAUUCACCAUGGUUUUGGAUGACCUUCCAAACUUAGAAGACAUCUAUACUUCCUUGUGUUCAUCAACAAUGGAAGACUCAGAGAUGGAUUUUGAUUCUGGACUAGAAGAUGAUGACACAAAAAGUGAGAAUAUUUUGGAGGAUUCCACAAUCUUUGUGGCCUUCAAAGGAAAUAUAGAUGAUAAAGACUUCAAAUGGAAAUUGGACACAAUAUUGGAGAAUGUGCCCAAUUUGUUACACAUGGAAUCCAGCAAGCUAAAGGUACAGAAGGUGGAGCCCUGGAACAGUGUGCGUGUGACAUUCAACAUCCCCCGGGAAGCAGCGGAGCGGUUACGGAUCUUGGCUCAGAGCAACAACCAGCAGCUUCGGGAUCUGGGGAUCCUCUCCGUUCAAAUUGAAGGGGAAGGUGCUAUCAACCUGGCUUUGGCUCAGAACCGAAGCCAAGAUGUGAGAAUGAAUGGACCCAUGGGAGCCGGAAAUUCAGUUAGGAUGGAGGCAGCAUUUCCCAUGGCCGGUGGUCCAGGACUAAUAAGGAUGACCAGCCCUGCCACUGUUAUGAUACCCCAGAGUGUAAAUGUGUCAUCUUCCAUGAUGGCACCAGGCCCCAAUUCAGAGCUGCAACCCAGGACUCCUCGCCCUGCUUCUCAGUCAGAUGCAAUGGAUCCACUCCUCUCUGGGCUCCAUUUACAGCCACAGAAUCAUCCCUCAGGAUCUUUAGCUCCCCCGCACCACCCAAUGCAGCCUGUCCCUGUGAACAGACAAAUGAACCCAACUGGUUUUCCCCAGCUGCAGCAGCAGCAACAGCAGCAGCAGCAGCAGCAACAACAACAGCAGCAGCAGCAGCUACAGGCAAGACCCCCACAGCAACAUCAGCAGCAACAGCCACAGGGAAUUCGACCCCAGUUUACUGCCCCAACUCAGGUGCCUGUUCCUCCAGGCUGGAACCAGCUGCCUUCUGGAGCCCUUCAGCCUCCUCCAGCCCAGGGUUCUCUGGGCACAAUGACUGCAAACCAAGGGUGGAAGAAGGCUCCCUUGCCUGGCCCAAUGCAACAGCAACUCCAGGCAAGACCAUCCUUAGCCACGGUACAGACACCUUCCCACCCUCCCCCUCCAUAUCCCUUUGGCAGCCAGCAAGCCUCACAAGCCCAUACAAACUUUCCUCAGAUGAGCAACCCAGGCCAGUUCACAGCUCCUCAGAUGAAGAGCUUGCAGGGAGGGCCCUCCAGGGUCCCAACCCCCCUGCAGCAGCCCCACCUCACCAACAAGUCUCCUGCCUCCUCACCUUCCUCCUUCCAGCAGGGAUCCCCUGCAUCCUCCCCAACGGUUAACCAAACUCAGCAGCAGAUGGGACCAAGGCCACCUCAAAAUAACCCACUUCCCCAGGGAUUUCAGCAGCCCGUCAGCUCUCCCGGUCGGAAUCCUAUGGUUCAACAGGGAAAUGUGCCACCUAACUUCAUGGUGAUGCAGCAGCAACCACCAAACCAGGGGCCACAGAGUUUACAUCCAGGCCUAGGAGGAAUGCCUAAACGCCUCCCACCUGGCUUCUCAGCAGGACAGGCCAAUCCGAACUUUAUGCAAGGUCAGGUGCCUUCGACCACAGCAACCACCCCUGGGAAUUCAGGAGCCCCUCAGCUGCAAGCAAAUCAAAAUGUCCAGCAUGCAGGUGGCCAAGGAGCUGGUCCUCCUCAAAACCAGAUGCAGGUGUCCCAUGGGCCACCAAAUAUGAUGCAGCCCAGCCUCAUGGGAAUUCAUGGCAACAUGAACAGCCAGCAGGCUGGUAGUUCUGGGGUUCCUCAGGUGAACCUGAGCAACAUGCAAGGCCAGCCUCAGCAGGGCCCACCGUCUCAGCUGAUGAGCAUGCACCAGCAGAUUGUGCCCUCCCAGGGCCAGAUGGUCCAGCAACAAGGAACCUUGAACCCUCAGAACCCUAUGAUCCUUUCAAGGGCCCAGCUUAUGCCUCAGGGCCAGAUGAUGGUGAACCCUCAAAGCCAAAAUCUUGGGCCCUCGCCCCAAAGGAUGACCCCACCCAAACAGAUUCUUCCCCAGCAGGGCCCACAAAUGAUGGCACCCCAUAACCAGAUGAUGGGGCCUCAGGGGCAAGUUUUACUCCAACAGAACCCAAUGAUAGAACAGAUAAUGACCAAUCAGAUGCAGGGGAAUAAGCAACAGUUUAACACUCAGAACCAAUCCAGUGUCAUGCCGGGACCAGCACAGAUAAUGAGGGGACCAACUCCAAACAUGCAAGGAAACAUGGUGCAGUUUACGGGACAGAUAUCAGGACAGAUGCUGCCACAGCAAGGGCCUGUGAACAACAGUCCAUCUCAGGUUAUGGGGAUUCAGGGGCAGGUCUUGCGACCACCAGGGCCCAGCCCACACAUGGCCCAGCAGCAUGGUGAUCCUGCUACUACAGCAAACAGUGAUGUCAGUUUGUCUCAGAUGAUGCCUGAUGUUAGCAUGCAACAAAGCAACAUGGUUCCCCCCCACGUGCAGGCCAUGCAGGGCAACAGUGCCUCGGGAAACCACUUCUCAGGCCAUGGGAUGCCUUUCAAUGCACCUUUCAGUGGAGCACCCAAUGGAAAUCAGAUGUCCUGUGGUCAGAAUCCAGGCUUUCCAGUCAAUAAGGAUGUCACACUAACAAGCCCAUUGUUGGUCAACUUAUUGCAAAGUGACAUCUCUGCAGGCCAUUUUGGGGUAAACAAUAAGCAAAAUAAUACCAACGCAAAUAAACCGAAGAAGAAGAAACCCCCUCGGAAGAAGAAAAAUAGUCAGCAAGAUCUAAAUACUCCAGAUACUCGCCCAGCUGGGCUGGAAGAGGCCGAUCAGCAGUCAUUGCCAGGAGAACAAGGAAUUAACUUGGACAACUCGGGCCCUAAACUGCCAGAAUUUUCAAACCGACCACCAGGUUAUCCUUCUCAACCAGUUGAACAGAGGCCACUUCAGCAGAUGCCUCCUCAGCUCAUGCAGCAUGUGGCAGCCCCACCACAGCCACCACAGCAGCAGCCACAGCCACAACUGCCACCGCCGCCACAGCAGCCACCGCCUCCCAGUCAGCCACAGUCUCAACAGCAGCAGCAGCAGCAGCAGCAGCAGCAACAGAUGAUGAUGAUGCUCAUGAUGCAGCAAGACCCCAAAUCAGUUAGGCUUCCAGUCUCCCAAAAUGUCCACCCCCCACGAGGCCCCCUGAACCCAGACUCCCAGAGAAUGCCCAUGCAGCAGAGUGGCAAUGUGCCUGUCAUGGUCAGUUUACAAGGACCUGCUUCCGUGCCACCAUCACCUGAUAAACAAAGAAUGCCAAUGCCUUUGAAUACUCCUUUGGGAAGCAAUUCAAGGAAAAUGGUAUACCAGGAGAAUCCCCAGAAUCCUUCUAGCUCACCACUGGGAGAGAUGUCCUCACUCCCUGAAGCGAGUGGCAGUGAAGUACCAUCUGUCUCAGGAGGCCCAAACAACAUGCCUUCACAUUUAGUAGUUUCCCAGAAUCAGUUAAUGAUGACAGGGCCAAAACCCGGACCAUCGCCCCUUUCAGCAACUCAAGGUGCAACUCCCCAGCAACCCCCUGUAAAUUCCUUGCCCAGCUCCCAUGGCCACCAUUUUCCAAAUGUGGCUGCUCCAACCCAAACAUCUAGGCCUAAAACACCAAACAGAGCCAGCCCCAGGCCCUACUAUCCUCAGACACCCAACAAUCGCCCUCCCAGCACAGAACCUUCAGAGAUCAGUCUAUCACCAGAAAGACUCAAUGCCUCCAUAGCAGGACUCUUUCCCCCACAGAUUAAUAUUCCUUUACCUCCUAGGCCAAAUUUAAACAGGGGCUUUGAUCAGCAGGGCCUGAACCCAACAACUUUAAAGGCCAUUGGGCAAGCACCUUCAAAUCUUACCAUGAAUAAUCCUUCCAAUUUUGCUGCCCCACAAACUCACAAAUUAGAUUCUGUGGUGGUGAAUUCUGGAAAGCAGUCUAAUUCUGGAGCAACAAAACGGGCUAGCCCAAGCAACAGUCGCAGGUCUAGUCCUGGGUCCAGUAGGAAAACCACCCCAAGUCCUGGGAGACAGAAUUCAAAAACCCCUAAACUUACUCUGGCCUCUCAGACAAACACAACCCUGUUGCAAAACGUGGAGUUGCCAAGAAACGUAUUGGUCAGUCCCACUCCUUUGGCCAAUCCCUCUGUACCUGGGAGCUUUCCUAACAACAGUGGGCUGAAUCCUCAGAAUCCUACCAUGCCUGUGGCUGCAGUGGGGGGUGUUCUCGAGGAUAACAAGGAGAGCUUGAAUGUGCCUCAGGACAGCGAUUGCCAGAAUUCCCAGGGUAGGAAGGAGCAGGUAAACAUUGAGCUCAAAACAGUCCCUACCCAAGAAGUUAAAAUGGUUGUCCCUGAAGAUCAGUCUAAAAAGGAUGGGCAACCUAUGGAUCCUAACAAACUUCCCAGUGUUGAAGAGAACAAAAAUUUGGUGUCUCCUGCUAUGAGGGAAGCACCGACAUCAUUAAGUCAACUUCUUGACAACUCUGGAGCUCCUAACGUGACCAUUAAACCCCCUGGGCUUACAGAUCUGGAAGUAACACCCCCAGUAGUUUCUGGGGAGGACCUGAAAAAAGCAUCUGUCAUUCCCACACUGCAGGAUCCGUCUUCUAAAGAACCCUCUAAUUCCCUAAAUUUACCUCACACUAAUGAGCCGUGUUCAACCCUUAUGCAUCCAGAAUUGAGUGAGGUCAGUUCUAAUGUUGCACCAAGCAUCCCUCCAGUAAUGUCAAGACCUGUCAGCUCUUCCUCCAUCUCCACCCCCUUGCCCCCAAAUCAGAUAACUGUUUUUGUAACUUCCAAUCCUAUCACAACUUCAGCUAACACAUCAGCAGCUCUGCCAACUCACCUGCAGUCUGCACUGAUGUCAACAGUUGUCACAAUGCCCAAUGUGGGUAGCAAGGUUAUGGUUUCUGAGGGACAGUCAGCUGCUCAGUCUAAUGCCCGGCCUCAGUUCAUUACACCUGUCUUUAUCAAUUCAUCCUCAAUAAUUCAGGUUAUGAAAGGAUCACAGCCAAGUACAAUUCCUGCAGCCCCACUGACAACCAACUCUGGCUUGAUGCCUCCCUCUGUUGCAGUUGUUGGCCCUUUACACAUACCUCAGAACAUAAAGUUUUCUUCUGCUCCUGUACCGCCUAAUGUCCCCUCCAGUAGUACUGCUCCAAAUAUACAGACUGGUCGACCCUUAGUCCUUAACUCACGAGCCACCCCUGUUCAGCUUCCUUCCCCUCCUUGUACAACUUCUCCAGUUGUCCCUCCUCAUCCCCCUGUCCAGCAAGUGAAAGAAUUGAAUCCAGAUGAGGCUAGUCCUCAGGUGAGCACCUCAGCAGAUCAGAGCACUCUGCCCUCUUCACAGUCAACCACAAUGGUUUCUCCCCUUUUGACCAAUAGUCCAGGCUCCUCUGUCAACCGGCGAAGCCCAGUCUCAUCUAGUAAGGGCAAAGGAAAAGUGGACAAAAUCGGCCAGAUUUUGCUGACCAAGGCAUGUAAGAAAGUUACAGGCUCUCUUGAGAAAGGGGAAGAGCAAUAUGGUGCAGAUGGAGAGACCGAAGGCCAAGGGCUAGAGACUACAACUCCAGGGCUCAUGGGAACAGAGCAGUUACCCACAGAGCUGGACAGUAAAACCCCAACACCCCCAGCACCCACUCUGCUAAAAAUGACCUCUAGCCCUGUGGGCCCAGGCUCCACCUCAACAGGACCCAGCUUACCUGGCGGUACUCUCCCCACCAGUGUACGCUCGAUAGUAACCACUCUGGUACCCUCUGAGCUCAUCUCCGCUGCGCCGGCCACAAAAAACAAUCAUGUUGGCAUAGCACCUGAGCCACUUGUGGGUGGCCUAGUGGAGGAGAAGGUGGGAUCCCAUCCAGAGCUUCUGCCCAGCAUAGCCCCAUCACCGAGUUUAGUCUCAAAGGAAACUACAGCCACAACACUGCAGGGGUCUGUUGCCAGACCAGAACUCGAGGCAAAUGCUGCCAUAGUCGCUGGACAAAGCAGUGAGCCCAAAGAGAUCAUUGAAAAGUCCAAAACCCCAAGCCGAAGAAACUCCCGCACCGAAGAGCCAACUGUGGCUUCUGAAAGUGUAGAAAAUGGACAUCGCAAGCGAUCCUCUCGGCCUGCUUCAGCCUCCAGUUCUACUAAAGGUUCGAGGUCUUCUGGGCUAUAGAAUAUGGUAUAUAAGUACCUUUAAAGCAGGAAACAAGGGCAGCCUGGGUGGCUCAGCCAUUUAGCACUGCCUUGAGCCCAGAGCAUGAUUCUGGAGACCUGGUAUCGAGUCCCACGUCGGGCUCCCUGCAUGGAGCCUGCUUCUCCCUCUCUGUGUCUCUCAUGAAUAAGUAAGUAAAAUCUUUAAAAAAAAUGUUUAAAAAUAAUAAAGCAGUAAGCAAGUGUUGACCUUUAAAGAUGUCGCAUACCAGGUUUUUGGAAGCUUCACCUGAGCCCAGAUCUUCAAGAGAGUAAGGGUGUCAUUUACAGUGCACCAGAAAGAAUUAAUCAAAGGAGCAGCUCGGACAGUUAAGAAGAGAUGCCCAAAUUAAAACCAGUCUGUAGAGAACUGCCAGCCAACCAAAGAUGGAAAGUUGGAACCUAUUUUAGAAGGGGGUGGAGAAUAGGCUUGUAUACUUAAACUGGACAUUGUCCCAAGGUGGUAGUAGUCAUGUCGGAAUGCCUGCCCCAUCCCUGCUCUGAGACUUAAGUGGCUUAGGAAAGGCUAUAAUGACUUGAAAGCUUUGUGAUUUUGCAUGGAGGGGUGCUGGGUAAAUAAAUGUCUCCUGAGAUCUCGGAGAUCUGGCCAAACCCCAGAAACCACAGUCAUGUACAAAUCUUUACAGCAUCCUCAAGCCCUCAGGCUUUCAGUUCUGAACUCCUAAGGUAGGUAAGUUACCUUUUAAAUCCAAAGUCAGUACUGUAGCUGUUCUGAUUUUUAAGUGUUAGAGCGCUUGGAUCUGGAUUAAAGACUAAAUAUGCAUAUUAUUUGCUAUGUAAUAUGCUGUGUUGUACCCAAAACCCUGAAGUCAUAAAAUAACUUCUUGUGAUUAUAUUUGAAUCCAUACCCAGGGAAUGAUCAUAAAAUAUCAGGGUGGUUUCCAAAAACCUAUGCGACUCAAAUUUGGAGACACAUGUAGUGCUGGGUACCUGAAACCUCUUUCUGCAGCAUCAAUACUUCUUAAAGUUUUGAAGGAAGAAAAAGGUUUGCCUUUUUGCAUUCAUACAAUUUGGGUCAUAUAUAUACAAACAAUAUCAGAAACCGUCUGUUUUUCAUGAGAAUCUUGAAAGCUGAGAAAUAUGAGUUUAUAAUGAGAAGUAUUGGCAUAUUUGUAUUGUCAGAGCACCAGUGACAUUAACCAUGCUCCUGCUGUGAGAACAGUUUGCUAACGUCAUGUUGGCCAAGGCCUACUAUACUGCCAGAUUGGAGCAGGUGGGACAGAUUAUUUCUGGGAAAGUCCAGAGAGGCCUACAUGGUUGAUAGGUCACUCUCUAACCUGUUGUUUGGUUUUGGUUGUUGGGCCUUCCACCCCCACUUUUAAUUACAGACAUAGAAAUUGACUCUCACAAAUCAGUAAGCUUCUUUUUAAAAUUGCACUUGAUCAGGUGUGGUGUUAGAAAAAUGCACAUGAAUAGUUCUGCUUCCUGACAUGAUGUAUUCCCUAUUAACACAGAAAUGAUUUUUCUUGUUUUCCUUCCUUGGCAUUUGUUAUUUACUCUUCUGUUCAUAAUAGUGUUCAUGUUAUAUUUUCAACUGGGAAAAAAGAUCAGUAGUUAAAAAUGAAGUUCAAUGCAUAAGUCUGAAACCAGGGAAGAUAUGCUAACAUGAAGGAAGUUCAGAACAACCUAAAAUCAGCAGCAGUAGUGAGUGUCCCUGGAGUGCCUUAAGAUCCCACUGACAGCAAAGUAGGGUGAGAGCCCUACCCUACCCACAACCAACUUGAGAAGCAACAAUCUAAAAAAAAUCCUUAAAAUGGAAAUUUUAUUGUGGAAAUAUAAAUGAGCACAAUAUGGGAGAAAACUCUGAACAAUAAUGCCUGAAACUGUACUCUUGUAGCAUCAUUCAGAAACCAGCCAUGAAAAUUUUGAAAUUCCCAGAAUUUUUUACAAAAAUAGAAAUCUUAGCUAGAAAAAAAAAAGAAAUCUUAACUAGAAGUGGUACAGUAAAA